CGGGUGGACGGAGGCACAGACACACACGAGCCAGUUUGCGGCAGUGAGGCGGCGUUCUUUGCGCGCACCAUGUCUGAGAGCGCGGCGCGAGGCGAGAUGCCGGCAAAGAGGCAGAAGCCGAGCGACGAGAACAGCAACCCCGAGGCCUCCGGCGACGAGAACGACGAUGCUGCCAGUAUAGAGAGUGGUACAAAUACGGAGCGACCAGACACUCCUACAAACACACCAAAUGUCCCUGGAAGGAAGAGUUGGGGGAAGGGGAAGUGGAAGUCAAAGAAAUGCAAAUAUUCCUUCAAAUGUGUCAACAGUCUUAAGGAGGAUCACGGACAGCCACUUUUCGGAGUGCAGUUCAAUUGGCACAGCAAGGAGGGCGAUCCUUUGGUAUUUGCCACCGUUGGUAGCAAUCGGGUGACACUUUACGAAUGCCAUUCCCAAGGGGAUGUAAGGUUACUACAAUCUUAUGUUGACGCUGAUACAGAUGAAAACUUCUACACCUGUGCAUGGACCUACGAUAGCAACACCAGUCAUCCUCUUCUUGCUGUGGCAGGAUCAAGAGGCAUCAUCCGUAUUAUUAACCCCAUCUCCAUGCAGUGCAUUAAGCAUUAUGUUGGACAUGGUAAUGCUAUCAAUGAGUUGAAAUUCCACCCUAGAGAACCAAAUCUGCUCCUCUCAGUGAGCAAAGAUCAUGCCCUAAGGUUUUGGAACAUCCAGACAGACACAUUAGUUGCAAUAUUUGGAGGUGUGGAAGGCCAUCGAGAUGAGGUUUUGAGUGCAGAUUUUGAUCUCCUUGGUGAGAAAAUAAUGUCUUGUGGCAUGGAUCAUUCCCUUAAAUUAUGGCGAAUCAACUCUGAAAGGAUGCUGAAAGCUAUCCAGGGAUCUAAUGAAUAUAAUCCAAGUAAAACUAACAGGCCAUUUGUAUCACAGAAAAUACAUUUCCCAGAUUUCUCCACAAGGGACAUACAUAGAAAUUAUGUGGACUGUGUGCGAUGGCUUGGAGAUCUGAUACUUUCUAAGUCUUGCGAAAAUGCCAUUGUGUGUUGGAAACCUGGCAAAAUGGAAGAUGAAAUUGAUAGAAUAAAACCAAAUGAGUCAAAUGUGACCAUCCUGGGAAGAUUUGAUUACAGUCAGUGUGACAUCUGGUAUAUGAGAUUUUCAAUGGAUUUCUGGCAAAAGAUGCUGGCCCUUGGUAAUCAAGUUGGAAAACUCUAUGUGUGGGAUCUUGAAGUGGAAGAUCCUCAUAAGGCUAAAUGCACAACGCUGGCCUAUCCGAAAUGUACUGCAGCCAUACGACAAACAAGCUUUAGCAGAGAUAGCAGUAUUCUCAUAGCUGUAUGUGAUGAUGCCACUAUCUGGCGUUGGGAUAGACUUCGGUAAUUUCUAAAAUCUGAACCCAACUUUAGUCCAAUUUAACUAACAUACUACAUGUGAACCAGUGAAUAUCUGCUGUGCUUGCCAUGCCCAUUUUUUAUGUUUUGACAGGAAUAUUUAGUUUAUGCAUGUCUAUCUAAUAUUGAAUGAUGUAAAGUUUGUGCUGCCUAUUUCUUUUGCUCCACUGCUGUGCUGUCAAUAAAAUAUUUUUUAAAUGA